AAUAGUAUUCAUUAAUAAUUUUAAUUAGAUACUAUAUGUAUUAUUAGUUUGUUAUAUAAAUAGUGUUUUUGUAAUUUUAUUUCAGAUUUAGUGAUUUUACUACUUCAACUUAUAUCUAAUUUUCAUGUAUUUUUUUAAAUGAAAGUUUUUCAUCUAACAUCAUUUUAUUUUAUUUCAGUCUUUCAGUUUAUUAUGUGCAUUUAUUUAUUUUUUUAUAACAAAUUGAUUUAUGAAAUGUUCUAUUCCAUACAGUGAAGGGUUCUUUUCACCACUCAGAUGAGCAAGUAACUGUAUGAUUACAGUGAAGCAAAAUUAAUAUUACCUAACAAUAACAACACUGUGUAAUACAAUGGAUAACACAAUGACAGACGUUUUAAAGUGAAUAUUUUUGAAACCCGCUGUGUGUUUUCUAAAAACUAUAAAUUAGUAAUUGUUUUAAAUAUGAGAUGAUAUGUGAGGAAACUGACUGCGUGUGAGGAGGGUUAGCCUAUCCCGUAACCUGAUCAGUGGUGCCCUCUCCAUUCCUCUCCCCAAAAUAACUCUACGCUCAGCCUGCUAAUUCUUCACUGGGUACAGACACUUCUACACACUAGACUAUGGCAAAGAACACAAGGCAGAAAGAGUGAGGUCACACCUCCACACUGGAAGACGGUCCCCUUCUGUAAUAGUUUGAUAUAGGAGGCCACAUAUUCAUCUGUUAGAUGUGGACAACAAGACAAUUUAUGGAGAUUAUCAGUGUCUGUGAGAUAGAUCAAAACUGUUGCUUUUGCUGAACUUUAUUGACCUGGACAGGAUUACAGUUUUAUUUUUGGAUCAGGACUAUUGAAUAGGUCAAUAUGAUGUCAGACGAGUAUUUGGUGGAGUGUAAUAUUGAUGAUGAUGAUGAUGAAGAGGAAGAUGAUGAUGAUUUGAAGAAGAUCCACCCAUCUCCGCCUCCUCCCCCACAGUUCUCCUCCACCUCGUCCCUCACUCAGGGUGAGAUCAGGGAUCCCUGUGGCCUCAACAAACACUUGAAGAUAGAGUUCAGCGACGUUUUGGCAGAGCCCGCGUCCACACAGAGCUACGACCGUGUGUGGGUGUACAGCGGCAUCGGCUUCGAGUCUGCGCGGCUCUGGGGUUACCGCUGCCUCUCAGCACUGUGUGCGCUUCCGCUCUCAUGUCUCUGUGGGUGUCUCUUUGCCCUACUGGCCUGUAUGCACAUCUGGUGUGUGAUGCCCUGUAUUCAGGUGUUUCAUAGCUGCCUGCCCUGUGUGAGGUCACUGUGGAUGAGUGUGGUUAAUAUCUUCAUCGCUCCGUUCUGCACAUCUGUGGCUCGCUGUUGCAGUGGCAUAUAUGUGGUGUUCUCCAAAGAGUGACGAAACACAAGGAGGAAUCUGAAGAAGCUUGGCAAACUGCUUUUCUCUUAAUUACAAAACAUGAAUCCUUGGAAUACCUGAAUUGAUUUUUUACUAUUUAAAGCUGUCUUGAAAUAACCAUGAGACAUUCAAAGAAGAGGAUUAUGGCCUACAUGUUAUUAAAUAGAUAUUGAAUCAUUUGGAACACAUUCUGCAUGGGUUUGUCAUAUGAAAUUACAAUAUAGGCUUUUUUCAUACAAUCUGUUGAUAGGCCUAUUUAUUUUUCUCUCUCUCUGAUGUUUGAUAAUGAACAAUUGUCAUGUAUGUCUGUUUUGAUGGUUGCCAUGCCAUACAUGUAUUUUAUUAAAAAAACCACUUAGCCUGCAUCUUACAUACAAGCCACGUUUUCUCAUUUACUCCAGUCUUCAGUGUCACAUGAUCCUUCAGAAAUCACUUUAAUAUGCUGAUAUGGUGCUCAAGAAACAUUUCUUAAAUAUUAUCAGUUGUGCUGCUUAAUAUUUUUGAGGAAUCUGUAAUAUUUUCUUUUCAGGUUUCUUUAAUAGAAAGUUGUUGUUGUUUUUUUUUAAUGUAAAAGUGUUUACUGUCACUUUUGGUUAAUUUAAUGUGUCCUUGCUGAAUAAAAGUAUUUAUAAAAAAAAAAAUGUAAUAAAUACAUCUUUAUGGAAUAGUCAGUUUUCGUAUCCAUUGCAAUAAGUCCAUUCCUUUCAAAAGUAUGCACAGUAUGAUGAAAACUCAUUGUUAAGUGGGUAUCAGUUUGAUCAAUAUAUAUAUUUCCUA